AUGAACGUUGAAGAAGAGGUGGAGCAACUCAAAGAAGAAAUCAAGCGACUCGGCCAGCUUCAGCCGGAUGGGUCUUACAAGGUCACUUUUGGUGUGUUGUUCAACGAUGAUAAAUGUGCAAAUAUAUUCGAGGCACUAGUUGGAACCCUUCGAGCAGCAAAGAAACGAAAAGUUGUAUCAUAUAAUGGUGAGCUACUGCUACAAGGAGUUCAUGAUAACGUGGAGAUAACCCUCAAAUCCUAA